UUAGGGAAAUAUAAAAUUAUAUUACAAAAGGAUAACAACUAUUAACAGAUGGCGUUGCUAAAUCGGAAGAUGAACCUAUAUUUCUCUAGUCGAUUCUUAUAUCAUUUGUAUAUCCACAUGCGGUACCAACUGAACGUAUCCUGCGUUAGUUUUUGCCUUAUGGUCGUCGAUGUCGUGAGUCGUAAAAAAAGUCAGUUUCACGUCAAACAGUAUUGAAUUUCAUCAAAAAUUUAUACAUUUUCUGUUAUCUAUUGUAAGAUGAUUGUUUGAACAAUAUAAAAUAUCAAAUUACCAUGGAGGGUCCAGUGCAAGUAAAAGAUUCUACCUCUGCUACUGCAGAACCAAUUAAGUCUGAAGGAGUUGUACAAAGUUCUGAUAGCAGUGAAAGAAGUGAAGGAGCGGCCUCUCCACCUCCUAAUUGCAGUAUCUGUCUUGGAAAACUUAUCAACACAUCGUUUACUGACAGUUGCUUACAUCAAUUUUGUUUUAAUUGUUUAUUACAAUGGUCUAAAAUAAAAACAGAAUGUCCAUUAUGUAAACAAACUUUUAAAUCAAUCAUACAUAAUGUAAGAUCAGAAGAAGAUUAUGAUCAAUACCAUGUACCACGCGAAUUAGCAUCUCAAAUUUCCCAACCUCCAGUUAUGGCAAUCCAGCAUUUAGAUGUUAAUUUUGAAGUAGAUGGAAAUUGGGAUGUUGGUUUACGCCGUUUUUUCUAUAGAACAACCAUGACUGAUAAUCGUCGUCGUGAAGCCAUGUCAAACACUGAACAGGCAAGAGAACAAAUACCAGUUAUGCAGCCACAGGUUUCAAGAGAGGAACAUAGGGCUAGACGCAUGAAUCCUACAUUGCGCCGUGCUAUAUACACACAUGGAAUAUGGGCUACUUCAUUACCUGGACGUUUUGGAUUUGGACGUUUUCAAGAAUGUAGUGCUGAAUAUUACCGGAGAUAUCCAAGAGAAUUAGAUCGUCUUGUUCCAUGGUUAAACAGAGAAUUACAUAUAUUAAUUAAUAAUAGACCAGCACAUAUUCCAUAUGUUUUAAGAACUAUUAUGGAUGCACUAACACAUCAUGAUAUUAGAAGUCUUCAAUUCCAAAAUAUUGUGCGGCCAUAUUUUGGUGUACAUACAGAACAUUUUAUACAUGAGUUAUUCAAUUUUGCAGGGACUAAUUAUGAUAUAGUUGGAUAUGACCAUGCUGUUACUUACUUAUUUCAAGGUUUAUCAAGAGAUUAUGUUCCACAUGUUGUUUCACCUGUAUCUAGCAGUAGUAGUACUUCUUCCGAUGAUUCAGACGUUCAUGUACUUGAUGAAGCAAUUGAUUUACGUGUAAAUGCUGAAUUACCUGGCGUAGGACCACACCCAGUUAAUAUGCCUGGACCUAGUACUGUCGGACAAGCUUUUCAAUUGGAAAUGCCAUACAAUGUACCAGAUGUUUUGACAAUAUCAUCUGGAUCUUCAGAUGACGAAUGUGAAGUGAUCUGUUAUGUCAAACCUCGUCAUGAAAGAACACCUGAGAUUAUAGAACUAGUCUCUUCCGAUCCUGAGGAUACAAAUACAGCUUAUGUAUCUAAUGAUAAUGUAGAACCUGUGCGAACUUCUAUUUACGAGGAUCCUCAACCUAGUACAUCAUAUGGUUGUAAGAAAGGACCAUCUAAUAAGGUAACUAGUGAAAUCUUAAGGACUAAUAUCUCGGAAACAUCAUCUUCUUCAAGCGAUAAUUCGUCAGAUAGUGAUUACAAUCCUAGAAGAAGCAGACAAUGUCGAAAUCAUAUAAAGAAAUCGUCAAAGAAAAAAAUCAAUAAUAAAAGACGUAAACACAGUAAUUUCAAGAAUCGUAAAAGAAUAGAUAGUAGUGUUUCAAGUUCAGGUGAAAGUGAUUUCAGAAAUAAAAGUAGUAGAAGAAGUAGUCAACGCGGAAAAAUAAAACCAUAUAGUUCUAGCGAAUCUAGUUUGGAAGAAGAUAGAAGGAAGAAAUUAAAUGAAGUAAAAUCAAGAAAAGAAAUAAAUUCAAUUAAAGGUACAGUAAAUGUGCGUAAGGAUUUAAUAAAAAAAGAAGAAAGAUACAAUGAAGGAAAUAAUGUCUUUAAUAACAAUAAUGGCAACUGUACUAAUAGCAGCAGUGGUAGCAGUAGUAGCAGUAGCAGCAGUAGUAGCAGUAGCAGCAGUAGCAGUAGCACUACUAGUACUAGUAAUAGCAGCAGUAGUAGCGGAAGUGAAACAUAUAAUGAAAGUAAAGAAACUCACAAAUUUGAACUUCUACAACAGAAGUCAAGAAUUAAAAGUUCUAUAAGCUCACGAGUUUAUGAUAUUGAGAAAACUGAAAGAGAAGGGAGAAAUAAAUUCAGAAUAAUAACUGAUACAACAUUAUUAAAUAAUUCUAGACAAAAUUAUAAAUACAAGGAAAACAAACGAUCUAGAACCAGAAGUACUAGCGAAUCUUCGCACAUGCAGAAAAAAAACAAAAGAUCAAACUGUAGAAAACGACAAGUUUAUAAAUAUAAGAAUGAAUACGAAAGUGAAGAAGUAAAUAACUCCAUGAAGAUAGAUUUCUUAAACAGAGAGAAUAUUCCGUGUUCCAGUAGCCAAUUUAACAAUUAUUCAGAUAGAUUAUAUAAACAUAAAAGAAGAUCUAGACGUAGGGAUUUAUGUAAAAAUAAAAAGAGAAAAUGCUCUCGUAGUAGAUCACGUAGCAGAUCUCGAAAUAGAUCCCGUAGCAGAUCUAGCAGAUCUAGCAGGUCUCAUAACAGAUCUCGCAGCAGAUCUUUUAGUAGAUCUCUUAACAGAUCAAGUAGCAGGUCUCGUAGCAGUUCUCGUAGUCGUUCUCGUAGUCGUUCUCGUAGUCGUUCUCGUAGUCGUUCUCGUAGUCCUUCUCGUAGUCUUUCUCGUAGUCGUUCUCGUAGUCAUUCUCGUAGUCGUACUCAUAGUCGUUCUCAUAGUCGUUCUCGUAGUCGUUCUCGUAGUCGUUCUCGUAGUCGUUCUCGUAGUCGUUCUCGUAGUCGUUCUCGUAGUCGUUCUCGUAGUCGAUCUUCCAUCUCUAAUUCAAGUAUAACAAAUUCAGUAAUUUCAUCUAUAAGUGAAACAUGUUCAAUACCAAAACAUUCCGACUCAAAAAAUAGUUUAUCCAACAAAGAGAAGCGCAGAUUACAUAAAAGUCAUAAAAAAUCAAAAUAUCGAAGAUCGCGAUCAAAAUCAAGAUCUAAAAAGCAGAAACGUCGUGUCAGAUGGUCUUAUAGCUCUGACACGGAUUAAUUUCCUUCAUAUAACUUAUUAAUCUUCUCAAUUAUAAAUUAGAUUUAUUUGUAAUACAGUUGCAAUGUAUACUAUGAAGAAUGGCUUAUUAUUUUAAUGUUAUCUCACUAUAACAAUUGUU